AUGAUCUUCUCGGACUUUUACAAGGGCUCACGCUCGCCGCUCGCUAGGCUGCGUAACAGCAACCCGCAACUGUCCACAAAGCUCCCUACAGCCUCACCUGACUGGGUCGGCGACGACUAUGCCGACUUACUUAGCAAGGAUAAGGUCAAGAACAAGGAGGCCAUACGCCGCUACCUUGCCGACAAGGUGCGCUACGAUUGGGUCUUUGACUGGCCUGGCCAGCAUGUCCCUGACUCGCUGGCCAAGCCUCUCCGCGAAGAAGAUAGUCAACCCGCCUAUCUUGAAGCGGUCAACGCAGACAAGGCAGUGACCGAGACUGCUACCAGCCCCGAUGCUACCGACAAUGGCUACCAAGUUCAGGACUCCGACCUCGACUCUGACGAUGAGUCCGUGUAUAGCGUCGUCUCCGCAGACAAUUUACACUGGCGGCCCCGCGCUGAGUGGACGUCCGACAUCGACGAAGGAGACGAGAGCUCGUCUUUCGACGACUCGCAAUCCUCGCUGCAGCUCGCUUCCAUCGCUCGCCAAGCAAAACGUCGUCGCGCCAUCCGCGAAGAGGCAUCUUGGAACACAGGGCUUGCCUGCUUCGAAGCUCGACGCAAUGCUUGGACUGGCGCAAAAACGGUGCGCGUGCGCGCCAAGCCCGUUACCACCGCGUCUGUCCAACCCAUUUCGCCACGUUCCCCCCGCCGCUUCUUUUUCCGCCGCAGCAUGUCAAGCUCGCCGCCCGCCGCAGCUGCCGCCUUAGCAGCGGCACAUGCUGCAGCUGUCGAUCUCUCCGGCACCGCCUCUGACUCUUCGUCCAUCCCGCAUGAUGAGCUGCGGAAGGAAGAAUCUCAAGUCGACGGCAGCGCUGCCAAUACACCUAUCACCUCCACCUCCACCGAAAAUACGCGCAACUACCCCGUCGAGACGCUCCUUCCGCUCGUCCAGCCAAUCCUGCCGCCAAACAACCCAUUGCGCGCCUCCAUCACUCCCAAUGUCUACAUCGGCCUCUACGAUAAAGUAAUCUUGCAUAAUCUCCAGCCUUCGUGCCCGAUCAACCUCGCCGAUAUGUUGCGCUCUUGCGUCACAGGCUGGAAACGCGAUGGCGAGUGGCCCCCGCGUUCCACGCCGUACAGCCCACCGGCGGCGAAGAAGAAGAGUCCGAGGCCUGGAAAGUCAACUGCUCUGCCAGCGUCUGUUUCACAGCCUACAGGAACUGAGGCGAAGUCUAGCCGUAGGCUGAGCUUUAACCUCAUGAAUCGUGACAACGACGAGUCCCGCGCAAGCAAAGGCUUUCGCAGGAGUUUGCAGCGCGCUCUCGGCAUGGGGCCUAUUCCCGGUCUCGGCGAAAUCGCUUGA